GCGACUCCAACAGCACGAAGGCUGCUGCAAAGAGAACUGUGGGAGGAACAAGCCGCAUCCAUGUUUCGUUCCGAGAACGUGGCAUCUCUUACCGACAUGGUGAGAAAGCUCUCUACGGUGGACCUGCCGACUGGGUACCGGCUCGUACAGAUGCAUGUUCCUGAACUUCAGGAGGACAUUGUGACGAUCAGAAUGGAGGCAUUUGACACAGAUCAAGGUAUUCCAGUCAUCGUACGAAACCUGACGAUCUACAGUGAUCUUCGUUUCCGUUUGUACGCAGCCGGGAGCGAGUUGCCUACUCUCAGGGCAGCUGAUCUGACAAGCGUUCCCGGGAGCUUCGAAACGACGACUGAGGUCCUGAACGUGCUGGCGUUCCUCAAGGCACAGUCUUUGAAAGAUGGCAACGUGAUGACUGCACUGCAUUUUCUGCAGAAAAUCAGCACGGACGAUGCAGCUGGAUCAUGCGGUACUUUUGGGGAGUUCGCCGCUGAACAGCUGCAACUCCGACUCAGUCCAGCAAAAAGGAGGAGGUACAGCACGACACUCAUGUCCACUGCAGUGGUGUGGAGCCGAACGAGUCCCCGACUGUAUGAAGACAUGCGCAGCUCGGGUCUUCUGGUCCUGCCACACAGAGUCACUCUCCGGAGACUUACGUCAGCACUAAGCGUGCAAGAGGGACUGGAGAUCGGGACCAUCAAGUAUUUGGAGAUGCGGGUCGCCAAGUUGUCUCCAAGAGAACGGCUGGUAAAUCUGGCCAUGGACGAGGUUUACUGUGCCACAGCACUCGAUCUGGCGGGAGGAAGACUGCAUGGGGAGAGCAGCGGAGAAGCAACAGCUGUCGCCAGUACCUUGUUCUGCACCCACAUUUCGUCGGUUGCCGGGAACUACGAGGACUUGGUAACCAUGUCGCCAGUCACCCACGUCACAACCCAAGAAAUGAAGAGAAUCUUCUUCCAAGUCCUGCGAUGUCUCACCCAUCUUGGGUACCGUGUAGUGUCCGUUACAACUGACGGACACAGAACAAACCAAGCCUUCUAUCGAGCGCUUGGAGAAGAUGGGAGGCAUCAGGAGUAUAUCCUGAAUCCCUGGAGUCCACACAGUGAUGACAGUGAUGACGUCAACGUGAAGUCCCCUGGAAAGCAUGUUCGUCGCAACGACUCGACUCUGCAGCCUAUUUCCACUGGAGAUGAAGAAGGGCUGGCAUACAUCGAGAAGUUCGGAAAGAUGAUGCUGCGCUGGGAAGCCCAGGGAAACAAGAAGACGCAAAUGUCGCUCGACACGAUACGUGGAGUGGCAGCAACCUGUCGAGGGCUGGUCGGGCUGGCCAAGUAUCUGCUCAGACAGUGUGAUCUCGAGUAUGUCCUGCUUGGCAAGAUUCAAUCCGACCGGCUAGAAGGUCACUUCGGCCAUCUCCGGAAACUGGCCGGAGGCAACUUCUGGGCGAGCUCUCGUCAAUUUUUUUUUUAAGGAGAGGCUAUCGUCCGCGUAAAAAGCCUAAUUUGGCUCUCAGGCUAUGGUCUGAGCAUAGUGACGGCUGGCAUGCACCCUGUCUCUCAGCAGCGCCUGGAAAACGACCAGCGAGCCGUCACUGAGAUCACCGAGUAUGCCCCUGCUGCCUCUUCUGAUGACCCAGCCCAAGACGUCCCAGAAGGGACACAGCAGGCUCUGCACCACAUAGCAGGCUAUUUAGCCCACUCAGUCAAGAAGAUUCACAGAUGUGAUGAGUGUCGCGCGCUACUCUCUGACGGGCUAAGGGCGCAACUGGUAACCGUGGUGGCAGAGAAUGCUGAAGAAAAGCUGGUGGCUGCUAGCUUCACCGACCUCCUCAACCGUGGAAAGCUCCUGCAACCGAGUGAACUGUGCCUGCGAGUCGUCAUGGAGGUCUGCCAGCUCUACAGACUUCUGGUGAAUUCACAGUCAGAGACUCACACCAUCCUCUUUGGCAGUUCAAGUCCCAAGAAUGUGUUCAGAUCUGUGGUUCAGAACAUGCUCGGCGAUGACGAAGAACUGAAGGAAGUGGCUUGUGGAAGGGGGCACAAGUUUACCAGCAAUAUCCUCGCCACCAUGGCCGGAGCGCUGUUUAACGUGUUCGUGUCUAACCACGUGAAGGAUGUGAACAGCCAAGUGCAUAGCAAGAAACGAAAGGGGCCGCCGACGCGCACCAGUGGGCGCGGUGUGGACUCGGACAAGAUCCGCAAACUAACGGGCGCGAGCUGAGUUCAUGCCUGUUCAAGAACAUGUAGCAUGCACCCUGUCUCUCAUCAACGCCUGGAAAACGACCAGCGAGCCGUCACAGAGAUCACAGAGCAUGCUGUUGCUGCCUCUUCUGACGAGCCGGCCCAAGACGUCCCAGGAGAAUCGGCCCAAGGGCUGGGAUAGUGGACCAAAUCGGUGUUUGUGCCCAUGCUGGCCGUUGGGAAUCGUUACGAAUACAUACGUGUGGGAACCAAAACUGUCUUUGUUGAACCUGAUCGAUGGUGAAAAGUAGUCCACUUGUAGCUGGGAGUAGGUAUAACUUUCUGUUUUAUGACAGUACCUACCAUUGAACACACAACUCAAAAUGCACAGAAACACUUGCAUGCCUCUGAUCUUCGCUUGAUAUUUAAGUCCACAGCCUGGAAUUUUGACUCAAGAUUGGCAAUUCUGGCGGGAAAACAUAGCGGAAAAUGUUUUGUUUUCCAUUUAAGCGAAGGUUCCAGAACG